AUUUAAUACAAGGUGAAUCAAGUAGACCAUGAGCAUAAUUUUUCUAAGAACACAAGAUCAGGGCUGUGUUUCCCAAUACCUUCUUAACGCUACGUCGUUUGUAAGUUAUACCUUAAGUUGUACUUUUAUGUUAAUACCUGUUUCCUGAAAUGUUCUUCGUUAAGUAUACCUUCUGUAACUUUACCCGCUCUAUAACACAGUGAAAGAGCUCCUUUAUUAAUUCUCGAGCCAUCGAUAUCAACCUAUUCAGCACCUCCGCCAUGGACAGCACCUGCUAACGUUGCACGGAAGAAGGUCUACCUUAAGCAACAUCCUAAGGUAUAGUUCGGGUAACAAACCUAGGAAAGGUAUACCCCUAGUUGAGGUGUAUCUUAAGAGUCUUCAUAGUGCGCUAAGAGACACCGUUAUCGGGAAACGCAGCCCAGAACAUUCCAGUAGCUAUCAGACCAUGUCUACCUAUAUCAUUACGCUUUGUCUAUUAACUAAUACUCUAUAUAAUCUAUAUACUCUAUGUUCACCUUCUAAGUGCAUUUUUAUGAUUAAUAUUUACAUGAGCACUAACUUGUUUCAUCUACUGUGUGAAACAAAAAAACAAACAAACAAACAAAAAAAAAAAAAAACUUUCUUACUAUCCUAAUGCCAACAUAAGCUGCACAUCUAUAAACAUAGAUCUCAGUGGGACGUGAGCAGAAACUAAAAAGUACAAAUGAGAUUGUAAGAAUUUAUACAAAUUUGCGAAAAACUUAAAAUUGUCACGCGUGCAAUGUUCCUUUCAGUGCUGGAUACAAUUAUCUGAGAUUGUAGCCUAAAGAACAAUAGACUAGAAUACUGUAUAGCUGCCAUGGGUGGUGUUAUAUUCAUAUGCUUGUUUGAAAAGGAACUUGAAAACUAGUGCAUACAUUGUUUUGUUGUGCAUGACAACUGACUCAAGGACGAUGACUGUACUUAUUAUAAACAUCGUUAAGUGUGGGGAAUACAGAGAUUAGACAGAGUUCACAAAAUGUAUUCCUGUAAAUUUAAUUGCGGGAAUUGUUCAGAGUCUUAGCUAAGUGUAUGUCAAGAGAGAGUGACUCUAUGAUUUUCUAUGUACUCAUUCUUUAGAAUUUAUUGGUCGUGGGUGAAGAUCCAACUGAUAUUAUACAUUGCCUUAAAUGGAAAAAGAAGAAGGAAAAAAAAAACUGUGUGAUAUUUUUCAUGUAGAUCUACAUGUAGAAAACAGGUUAAAAUUUGUUCAAGCUAAUUAUCGGUAAAAUGCAGAAAAAUUAUGAAAUAUUCAUAAAAACGCAAGGGCACUUUGACACCGCUCAGCACCACUUGUACUGAACAGCGCCUAACCGGAUAAAGCGCUACUAAACAGGACUAUGGUUUUCUUCAUUGUGUUGUAAUUAAAUCUAAAAUCUGUUACCUGCAAAAUUCAUUUUUUUGGUAAGUGAUCAUUUUCACAUCCAACAUGCAUAUUAAUCUUUUUAUUUAAUCAGCAAAAUGUUUUAAAAUACAGACAGUAUGACAUUCGUAUAAUAAUAACUGGUUCAUUUGCAGUGUUAUAUGUCGGCCCAAAAAAAAUAAUAUUCGUUGAUUAAAUGCGCUAUAUGCAUAAGGAUAUAACUUUGAUAUGCAGUUCCUUAUUUACACCCAGAGGGCCGCUGUUCGUCGUCAAACAGUGGAGAAACUGUAUUUCACAGACCGUCCCCCCGUAUCACACAAUAUCACGGAGAAAAAGGCAAUACAGCUGCCACCUCGUUUUUUUUUUUACACAGUACUUCUAUUUGAUCGCACGUCGUCGUGUCCGGAGUUUAUGAUUACACUUGGAAUUUCAUAUAUUCGAAGGAUACAAGGAUUGUUGUUUUGUAUUUUUUGAGGAGUCUGUCCAGUUGAGACAAUGUCUGGCCCUGAUGCAAUGAUAAGGCAUUCGGUGCUGUUUUUUACUCUUCUGAUUCACAUAGCGGGAGGACAAGUCAGUUACUCCAUUCCUGAAGAAAUGUCUAAAGGAUCGAAAGUGGGAAAUAUUGCGCAGGAUUUGGGCUUGGAUUUACAUCGAUUAAAGUCAGGAAAAGCGCGAAUAUUUACCAGAGACAGCACGGAAUACAUCGAAUUGAACAGAAACACUGGAUUGCUGCUUAUCAGAGAGAAAAUUGAUCGCGAAUCUCUUUGUGCAAAAACAACACCGUGUGCGCUGCAUCUUCAAAUGAUUUUGGACAACCCGAUGGAAUUAUACACGAUUACAAUAGAAAUCACGGAUAUAAAUGAUAACGCUCCCAGUUUCGAGAAAAAAUAUUUUACAUUUGAGAUCAGCGAAUCGGCGGCUGCGGGUGCUGGUUUUAUGCUCGGGGGAGCUUUCGAUCCGGAUGUAGGAACAAAUGAUCUUCAGAAUUACUCACUUAAACCGAGCGAUCAAUUCCGGCUUGAACUGCACAAUCAGGCAGACGGCAGUAAAAACGUUGAGAUGAUUUUACAAAGGCCACUUGAUAGAGAAACGCAAAGCUCACUUACAUUGUUGUUAGAAGCGUUUGAUGGAGGCGAUCCGGUGCUCUCUGGCACUGUACAGAUACACAUCACUGUGUUAGAUAUUAAUGAUAAUGCUCCUGUCUUUACACAAAAAAUAUAUAAAACCACCAUAACAGAAAACGCACCAAAAGGUACUGUAUUAACAGUGGUGAGCGCGUCUGAUGCAGAUGAAGGAUCCAACAGUGUAGUGACGUACUACAUUUCCGACACAAUGAACAAAAAUGUGGCCGACAUGUUUCUUAUUAAUGCAAAAGGUGGUGAACUAAUAUUAAACGGAAAGGUUGACUAUGAAAAGGUGAGCCAUUAUGAACUUAACAUUCAGGCAAAAGAUCAAGGAUCGCUUUCUAACGCAUGCAAAGUAAUUAUCGAUGUUCUGGACAUUAAUGAUAAUUCGCCUAGUAUUCAGAUUCUGUCUAGUUCCCAUUCCAUACCUGAAGGCUCUAAGUCUGGUACUGUUGUUGCAAUGCUAAAUGUUGAUGAUCUUGAUUCAGGUAUAAAUGGUCAGGUUCAGUGUGUCAUAAAUGAGAAUAUUCCCUUUGCCAUAACAUCUCAGUCUAGUAGCUUCUUCAGCUUACAAACAGAGCAGGAACUGGACAGAGAGAGAGAAGCUGAGUACAAUAUCAGUGUAAUAUGUGCUGAUGUUGGCGUGCCAGCGCUCUCCAGCAGUGUCUCUCUCCGUGUGCAGAUAUCAGAUGUGAAUGACAAUGCUCCUGUCUUUGAGAGAAGUCAUUAUGAGGCGUGUGUGCUGGAGAAUAACACACCUGGCCUCUCUAUAUUUACAGUUAAAGCCAGUGAUGCUGAUUGGAAUCAGAAUGCCCGUGUUUCUUAUAUUCUAGAAGACAGCACUGUUAAUGGAGUCUCUGUCUCAUCAUAUGUGUCAGUUCAUCCUGACAGCGGACUGAUUACAGCUGUGCGCUCUUUCGACUAUGAACAACUCAAAGAUUUCCACUUCCGGGUAAAAGCGCAAGAUGGAGGCUCUCCUCCGCUCAGCAGUAACGCGACAGUGAAAAUAAUUAUUCAAGAUCAGAAUGACAACGCUCCUCAGGUUCUGUAUCCAGUACAGACUGGUGCUUCUGUGGUGGCUGAGAUUGUGCCUCGUGCUGCGGAUGUUGGAUAUCUGGUCACUAAAGUGGUUGCUGUUGAUGUGGACUCUGGACAGAAUGCCUGGCUGUCCUAUAAACUACAGAAAGCUGCAGACAGAGCGCUGUUUGAAGUGGGUUUACAGAAUGGAGAAAUAAGAACUGUGCGACAAGUGACUGAUAAAGAUGCGGUCAAACAAAAACUGACUGUUGUUGUGGAGGAUAACGGACAGCCCUCUCGCUCAGCUGUGGUCUCCAUUAAUGUGGCUGUGGCUGACAGCUUUCCUGAAGUGCUGUCAGAGUUUACAGACUUUCCGCAUGAAAAACAGUAUGACGAGAACCUGACCUUUUAUUUAGUUCUUGCGCUGGCUGCUGUUUCUUUCUUAUUUAUCACAUGUGUGGUUGUGAUAAUAUCAGUAAAGAUCUACAGAUGGAGACAAUCUCGCUUCUUAUAUCAGUCCACUCUGCCUGUUAUUCCGUACUAUCCACCGCAUUACGCAGACACAGGAGUCACUGGAACUCUGCCGCACGGGUAUAAUUAUGAAGUGUGCAUGACGACUGACUCGAGGAAGAGUGACUGUAAGUUUUCUACACUCGGUGGUCAAAAUGUCUUAGUGGUGGUGGAGAGUUUUUUCUGUGAGAAUGUGAAGCGCGUUUUUGGGGAAUAA